UCUGAUUAGUGUGAUUCGAGUAGCACAUACGAUAAGAUCUCCGUAGUCAUUGCUCUGACAGUGGUUGUGACAAAUCAUUUGUCUAAUUUUAUUAAUUUUCUGUGUGUUUUUUGUUUUGACUGUUAAUAUAUAUGUAAAUUCUAUUCGAAACACUGCCCAAUAAAUAAUUGAAAGUCAUUGCCCGUUUUUUGCUAAAUAGUUUGUUUGUGCAUAUAGUGUGUCAAGUGCUUUUCUACAACAAUAUUUAAGACGUACGAAUUCAAAACGAUUGAUCAAUGCAGAAUCACACGUGCAAUUUUUGUGGGUUAGAAAACGUGAUCGGUUAAAUUUUCGUUAUUCGUUAAUCGACGCACCGAAUCAAAUUUGAACAUUUUGAUAAUCUUUCAAUCAGAGAUUAUUUUCAACGAAGAUACACAACAAGCAAGCAAACGAUUGAAUGCUCAUUAUCUGUUAUCAGGAAAAUACAUUCGCGUAGAGGAAGCAACAUCAGUCUGAUUUGACUUGGUUGAAUUUAGUCAGUUGUAUUUGAUUUGGAGCGACGCUGACGAUAACGAAAGCCUAAAACACAAUUGGAAAUCGUAAAUAAUCCAGACAUUUAACCGAUAACAAAAUGCAUUUCGUCAAUCGAAACUGUAUGCUCACAUGCAUUGGUAUUGGGUUCAUCAGUUUGGGUACUAUCUGCGCAAUAUUUUGGAUGGAUUUCUUUACCAGUAUGCUGGCAAAAGAAUUAGCAUUAGGACCAAAAACAAAAAGCUAUGAAUUAUGGCGAAAUCCACCAUUACAGCUGAAUUUCGAUAUCUACUUGUUUAAUUGGACGAAUCCAUGUAAUCUAACAGCAGACGAUUAUGAAAAGCCGAUACUUGAGGAGAUUGGACCGUAUCGUUUUCGAGAAAAAUCAUUGAAGACCAGAGUAAAAUGGCAUGAAAACAAUUCAACGAUCAGUUAUCGACGCAAAAGUACAUACUACUUCGUGGAAGAGGAGAGCGUUGGUCGUCUCGAUGAUAAAAUCGUAACAAUAAAUGCUGUGGCUGUGUCAGCAGCGCACACCGCACGAAACUGGGGCUACGUGAUGCAAAAACAAGUUAGCAUGGGACUGACAUUGUACAAUCAACAUACGUUUGUAACGAAAAUGGCACGCGAGCUACUGUUCGAUGGAUACGAGGAGGAUUUAAUUGACAUGGCCAAUGAGAUGUCAAAAUUAGGCGCAUUCAAAUUAAACAUUCCAUAUGAUAAAUUUGGAUGGAUGUAUCGCAGAAAUGAGAGCGAAGACUUGGCGGGUCAUUUUAAUAUACACACUGGACAAGGUGAUAUUUCUGAAUUGGGUAAAUCCAAAACGUGGAACUAUCAACCAGAAACACCAUAUUAUGACAGUCCAUGCAACGAGGUUCGAGGUAGCGGUGGCGAGUUUUAUGCACCGGGUCAAACAAAAGAACGGCCACUCACAUUUUUCAAUGGUGAACUAUGCCGUUAUCUCGAUUUAUAUUACACGUCCGAAGAAGUGAUAAAUGGACUAAAUGUGUAUAGGUACGCGGCCACUGAAAGGUCUGUUGACAAUGGCACAAAGUACAGUGAAUAUGCAUGUUUUUCACCUCAUGAAAGUCUGCCAUCGGGUGUAAUGAAUGUGUCAGCAUGUCGGUAUGGAGCACCUGUGUUCAUAUCCUUUCCGCACUUUUAUGCAGCAGAUCCAUAUUAUUUGCAAUUUAUCGACGGUCUUGAGCCAAAUCAGAGCAAACAUGAGUUCCACAUUACAAUGGAACCAGACACUGGCGUUCCCGUCGAGGUGGCUGCCCGUUUACAAGUCAAUGUUAUGGUACAACCAUCACCAAAUAUUGCUCUAUUCCAAGAGGCACCCACUCUAUUCUUCCCGGCUCUGUGGUUCGAACAAAAAGUACGCAUUCCCAGUGAAAUGAUCGAUGAGCUAACGAUUGCUGCAUCAACACCAUUUAUUGGAUUUAUUUGCAUCGGUGUUUUCAUCACACUCGGAUUUAUUCUAUUGGUAUUCGUCAUGUGUCAGAAAAUACGUGAAUCAGGCCUCAAAUCGACAUUGCACAAAGACGAAUUAGGCCAGAAAAAUGGCAUUCCAAAUGAAAUACUUAAGAAAAACAUCAUUGAAGCUGAACAGUCACCAUUGAUGAACGGAAAACAUAUGAUUGGUAAGUUCGGUUUCAAACAUCAACUACCAACAGCACCAUUGGCCAUUCCAGACGCUGAUUUUGAAUAUAACGAACAAAAUUCCAUUACGAUCAAUCAUUAGAAUCAUCAAUUCAACGAUAAAUAGAGGCUAUUUCAAGAGAAAUACGCAGUACAGGAUCUAUUUAUAAUGUUAAACGCCGACAAUAUAUUUUAUUCCGUCUAAAUUUUUAUAGACUUGAAAUUUUCGGUUCGAAAAGAAAAAAAAAAAAAACGAAGGAACUCAAGGUAUUCACAUGUGCCUUAAAAAUUUCUAGAGAAAUAUUCUGUUAUCUGUGUAGCUUUAAAAACAAAUUGUAUGUUUGAAACAGUCUAGAGUCGAACUCAAAAAGGAAUUUAUACAGCAAAUCUAUGUGUGUGUGCCAAAUGCCAUAUUCUACACAUUCCGUAUUUUGUAUAUUUAAAUAAGUUAAACAAAAUUCAGUUUUUUUUCUUUGUAUACAUAUUUACAAUAAAUACGUUUUUAUGACUGAAUGUAUGAGGAAAACAAA